CGUUACAUCGACCUAGGACCGUGACACUGUCAACUCAUAUAUACAAUCAACUCUCGCACUUUCAUCUCGACGAUACGCCAGGGAGGGGGAAACGGUUGUUGCUUACUAUUUUUUAAUUGAGUUUGAGCUUCUGCUCAAUAUUCUACAGACGAUAUCGCCUUGAAGCGCAUCACUCACCGCACGGCGCUUAUUUCGUCUCAAGUGAGACGUAUUCUUGCAUGAUCUGGCAUUAGCAUUACACACAUCAAAGGAAUUUGAGACCGGCAGAAAUGUCAACCUCAUUGGACGCAUCCCCGGAGCCCCGUUCACUCCGCGAUGCAUUACGGGCUACGGGCCGGGCAACAUCGGCAACACCUUCGGAGAGCCCGAGCGAAGAGGAUUACGAUGACCCGAAACUAUCAGCGAGGCCGCGCAAAGGACGAGCACCGAUCCGCCCCGGCGCAUCACCUCUAAAGAAGUCUUCGACCCGCGAGAGGAAGCUCUCAUUGGACGGCUCAACGCUGUCGGAAACCUCGAGUAUCGACGAUGAGCCUCUCCGCGAUGGAUCCGGUCGCCUCAAGACGUACGUGCUGUCCCCGGAUGACCGCGAGUUGCGGGAUGUUCUCAAACGAGGUCUAGAGAGGGAAAAAGAUCCAAAGAGACCACGCCGGGCCGGCAAGUUCAGCGACCUCGUCUUCACACGGCAAUUCUCCACGUUUGACCGGCAGAAUCAAAACACGGCCAACAGCCCCUUUCACGGCUUCUAUACGCUCUUUUGGCUGGCGGUGGCUCUCUUCGUCACCAGGAUCGCCGCCACCAACUGGCGGGCGACGGGGAACCCCCUGGGUACAAACGAAAUCAUGAAGACCAUGUUUCGCCGAGACGUUGUCGUGCUCCUCGCCUCCGACGGCGUCCUGUGCGCCAUCACGGGUGUCAGCUGGAUAUUGCAGCGGCUGGUCUUUGCCGGCUACAUUGACUGGGACAGGUCAGGCUGGAUUAUUCAGAACGUCUGGCAGUCGGCCUUCAUCGGCGGCGUCAUAGGCCUGACGCUGAUCCGCGACUGGCCCUGGACGCACACCGUCUUCUUCGUCCUGCACGGCAUCGUCAUGCUCAUGAAGCAGCACUCGUACGCCUUUUACAACGGCUACCUCUCGUCCGCCUACAAGAAGCGCAAGUACCUCCUCUCCAAGCUCAAGAAGCUGGAGCACGUCGCGCCCACCGAGUUCCCCUCCUCCACCACCCCCUCGGCCUCCACCGUCUCCGUCUCCCACCUCGCCAACCCGCCCUCCGCGGCCGAGAUGCACGGGCGAAGGCAGUCCAUCGCCCAGGCGCAGGCGCAGGCUCAGUCUCAGGCCCAGUCCCAGUCAAAGGGCGGCGGCGGCGACGAGCAGCACCGGCAGCUGACGGACCUGGACCGCAUCGCCCGUGCCAUCGAGUCCGGGCAGCCCCUCGACGCAGACCAGGUCCGGGUCUUUGAGCGCAUCAUCCGGUGGGAGAUUGACGGCAUCACGGACGAGCUGAGGGGUAAGGCGACGAGCGUCGUCCGGGCGUACCCCAAUAACCUCUCGCUCACGAACCACUACGAGUACAUUGUUCUCCCGACGGUCGUGUACGAGCUCGAGUACCCGCGUUCCGAGUCGAUUGACUGGUAUUACGUUGCCGAGAAGGUAACGGCGACAUUCGGUAUCAUUCUUGUCAUGAUUAUGGUAUCACAGGCUUUCAUCUAUCCCGUCGUAAUGCAAACCAUCGCCAUGAAGGAGACGGGCAUGCCCCUAGCCGAGCGCUUCCGCUACUUCCCCUGGAUGCUCAGCGACCUCAUCUUCCCCUUCAUGAUGGAGUACAUGAUGGCAUGGUACCUCAUCUGGGAAACCGUCCUCAACACCCUCGCAGAACUCACCUACUUUGCCGACAGAAGCUUCUACGACGCCUGGUGGAACAGCGUCUCCUGGGACCAAUUCGCCCGCGACUGGAACAGACCCGUCCACAACUUCCUCCUCCGACACGUCUACCACAGCUCAAUCUCCUCCAUGAAAGUCAACCGCCACACAGCGACCCUCAUCACCUUUUCCCUCUCCGCCUGCGUCCACGAGCUCGUCAUGUGGUGUCUGUUCAAGAAGCUGAGGGGGUAUCUCUUGUUCUUGCAAAUGUGUCAGCUACCGCUUGUCCAGCUCAGCCGGACGAAGUGGAUGAAGGAUCGCAAGGUGUUGGGGAACAUAAUCUUUUGGUUUGGCAUCUUUACGGGGCCGAGUUUGUUGUGUAGUCUGUAUCUUAUAUUGUGAUGUGACAUGUAGAGAUAAUUGCCGCGAGGCUGGGAUGGAUCGGUAUGAUUAUAAAAUAAAUCCCAAGAGUUUAUCCGUA